AAAAGUUUUACAGAGAAGAAAACUAAUGAUAAAAUCAAUGGAUCAGAUGAUUGUGUUUUAUAAACCAUUGUUUGGAUAAUUAAAUGUCUAAUCAAUUGAUUUGUCUUAAGAUUAUUAACCGAUAACUAAUUGGAUUCAAUUCGUUCAUUCAUUCAGUCAUUUAUAACUAAACAAUGAAAUCAAAUCAAAGAGUGAAGAAGUUGUUGUUGUUAUCGUCGUCGUCGUCACCGUCGCCGACAAAGACACCCAACAAGACAUUGUCGUCAUCGCCAACAAUGAUAACAAAGAAGACGAGGUCGUCGACGACAAAGACACCAAAACAGUUGUCGUCGCCGACAAAGACACCGAAGAAGCCGUUGUCGUCGCCAACAAUAACAACAAAGAAGACGCGGUCGUCGACGACAAAGACACUGAGGAAGAGGUUGUCGCCGCCGCCGACAAAGAUACCAAAGAAGAAGCUGUUGUCGUCGCCAACAAAGACACCAAAGAAAACGCUGUCGUCGUCGCCGACAAAGACAUUAAAUAAGACAUCGUUGUCGACAAAGACACCGAAGAAUAAGAAUAAAAAGAAGACAUUAUCAAACAAAGAGUGUCUAGAUUUGGCUCUUCAGAGAUUGUCGUCCAAUUCGACUCCCGAAUCGCUUCCGUGUCGUGGAUCACAAUUUACCGAUAUAUUCAAUUAUAUCGAGAAUAAGCUCAUCGAAGGCAACGGAGGAUGUAUGUACAUAUCGGGAGUGCCCGGAACGGGAAAGACGGCCACUGUUCGCGAAGUUAAACGCAAACUGGAAGCCGACAGCAAAUAUCCGGCGUUUAAGUGGAUCGAAGUCAAUGGACUUAAACUGAGUGAUCCGUAUCAGUGUUAUGUCCAUAUUCUUCACGAAUUGACGGGCGAAAAGAGAUCAUCGGAAGCAGCGGCCGAUACACUGAACGACCGAUUCUCUGACUGCGAUCCCGAUCACGAGUUUGUCAUCUUAUUUGUCGACGAACUGGAUCUGCUGAGGACACGCAAACAAAACAUUUUGUAUCAUCUGUUUGAUUGGCCCACUCGACACAAUUCCAAACUAAUAGUCUUAGCCAUUGCCAACUCAAUGGAUUUACCAGAAAAACUAAUGAUAAAUCGUGUGGCGAGUCGUAUCGGACUAACUCGACUAGCAUUUCAUCCGUAUUCGUGGCAAGAACUGGAAUCGAUUAUCACUUCCCGAUUGACUGGACUGUUGCAUGUUUUCGAUUCGGAUGCACUGAAACUGAUCAGCCGAAAAGUGGCUGCCGUUUCUGGCGAUGCUCGCAGAGCGCUGGACAUAUGCCGUCUGGCUGUUCAAACUGCACAGUUGACCGCCGCCGCCGCUGCCGAUGAUGAAGAUGACCAGCAGCAGCAGGAGCUACAGUCAACUGUUUCCAUGGAAAGUGUCGAUCAGGCACUGAAAGAGAUAUUCAAUUCGUUGAAAUUGGUUCGCAUACGUCUGGCACCGCUGCAGGAACAGGUGUUUCUUCAGGCCGUUUGUCAAGAUUUUCGGAUAUCCGGUGUCGAAGAGGCCAACUUCAUAGAUGUCUAUCAACAUCAUAUCGAAAUAUGCCGUUUCGAGGGCCACUACAUACCCAGUACUGUCGAAUUGGAGAAAAUUGCCUACAAUUUGCAUACAUCGCGACUGAUAAUUGUCGAAAAAAGUGUUUCACAUCUCUUCAAGAAAAUUCGUCUGAAUAUAUCCGUCGAUGACAUUAAUUUUGCACUGAAGAUGUCUUGA